UACAUCAUGACCCUGUAACUUAUUGCUGUGCGGAUAGUGAUUGUUUCCAUUGCCAAAACUUGUGAACUUAAAAUCCCACUCAUUAUGUAAUACUUCAUGCUUCUUUCAUGAUCUAUUUUCUCCCAAUGAGUACUUAAUUCUCACUAGCAAGUUUCAUCACUCUUUUGUUACAAAAUAAAUCAUAUAUAUAAUACAUUCCUAAAUCUUGAAGAUCUUGAACUUUACCAUGGAGCUUAAGUGUGGCUUCAUUGUCAUCUUCCUCCUACUAUUACUCGUCGCGCCGUCUUUUUCAUCUUCUUCAGGGAAAAUGGACUUAUCAAAUGUGGACACUUCAGAGAUUUAUGAAAUUGAUUAUAGAGGACCAGAAACUCAUACCAACAUACCUCCACCAAGAGGGGGAAGGCAUAAUAGUCAUCAUCAAGGCAUGUUGUUUCAUCACAAAGCUAUUAAGCCUGGAAAAAAUGGGAAGAAAAAUCAUGGAUGAUGGAAUAAAAGUUUGAUAUAAUUAAUGGUGUGAUUUUUAGAUCUAUAUAUUUGGGCAAAGAGAGUGUGUGCUUAUUUUGAUGAAGCAAUAGAAAAUAUAUGAUUGAACUUCUUUUUUAUAUAGUUUACUUUCAUGUGAUAUAUAGAGAAUGUAAUUAAUUUUCAAAUGCUUUAGAUUGAUUUUACUUUUAUA